AAACUUGCUUUGGCAGGAAAUCCGAGUCCGCAAGUCAGGGCCAGUCCGUAGGUUAAAAAAGAAAAAUCUCUUCCGAGCUCUUUUCGGUUCCCUUCUCUGCUCUCUUCUGCUCUUUUCUUCUCUCUUUCAAAACCUCCAAGGCCAUUGGUCCUCUCUGCGCGUUUCUUGUCCUUCUUCGAUCGUGGUAAUCGGCCCACAUCCCUCAAAUCUCAUCUCACUUCAAAACCGUCCAGCGAUUUCUCCUCAAACCUUCUGUUUCUUCUACAGCUUCUCGAUUUCUGCUCUAAGAAAGCCGUUGGAGAAAAGCAGCAGCUAAGUACUCUAUCUCUCUCUUUCUCUCUCAGUUAUGCUGUUCUUCCCAGAAGCUCUUCCUUUCUGGGGUUUUCUCUUCUGCUUCUUGCCAGCGAGCUGCCGGGCGGAGCAUUGCCGCCCAUGCGCAUGUUAGCGAGGAGGCCGGGGCCUUGCUAAAAUGCGCCGCCCGGGCUGGUUUCUUCGUCGUGUUCUUCUCCAGACGAGAUUAUUUAACGGACUGCUGCCCAUGCGCAAGUUAGAAAAAACACUUGGUCUGUGCUAAGUGCGCUGCAAGGGCUGGUGCCUUGAACUGCUUGCGAUUUCUAUUGGAAGUAAUUUGAUUUUUCAUGAGAACUAGCCCAUUCUGAUGUAGGUUUUAUGUCUGGCGUGGAAUCUGCUUAUCAUCGCUAAAACUGGAAAACUGGGGUCUGUUUGGCGGCAUUUUCAUUGAGAAAGAUGCAUUUUUGGAACUGUUUUGACAUGGAUUUUUGAAGUUGAAUAUGAUGGGUAUGUUUUUCCUGGCAUUUAGACAUCCGUCAGUGGUAAUUUUCCUCUUCACAAGAAGUAAUCUGUAUUCUGAUGUGGGUUUUUGAAGUAGAAUCUGAUGGGUGUUUGGGUAAUCUUGGAUUUCAAUCAGUUUGUUGGGUUUUCUAUCAUUAAAAGAGCCCUAAUCUAUGAGUAGAAAACAAUUGGGAUGUCUACCUCGGGUUCUUCUUUCAAAAGGACGUCUUUUUAGUGCCUAUUCUUCUGCUUCUUCUGUGUGUCUCUUGGACGAACAAUCUUUUGAUCGAAAUCAGACUCUUGGAACUGAAAUUGACGAUAGAAGUUGCAGAGAGAGAUUGAAUCCUUGUAUCGGUAGAAACCGCUCUCUUUUUCCCUUAGUUGCUAGAGUAUUUCAUUCUUUGAAUUGGGACACCGCGAGGGAAAUAAGCUUUAUGAAAGCCGCCGAGAAGCAUGGCUUAUCUCAUUCUAUGUACGUGUUUGCAUUUAUCAUCAAUAUCUUUGUAUCUGUGGGAUUGCGAGGAGAGGCGAACAGUUUAUUGAGGGAGAUUGUGUGCUACCUUAAGAAUGUAAAUCUUGAUGCUUUUGGAUUGUUGGAUGCAUUGGUGGAGUUGUCAGGCAGCACUGGAACCUUGUCCGUCGUGUCCCAAGAACUCAUUAAGGUUUUCACAGAGUUCUCAAUGCUCGUGCAUGCCAUGGAUGUGUUCUUGUGGGCUAAGAAAAUGGGGUUGGAGCUGAGCAUUUUUUCAUGCAAUUUCCUGCUCAAGCAUUCUGUUAAAAGGAAUGAAGCUGCGUUAGUGACGAGCUUGUUUGAUGAAAUGAAGAACUGCGGCCCAACUCCCAAUGUUUAUACUUACACUAUUUUGAUGGAUUUCUACUGUGGAAAAGAUAUGGGCCGAGCUACUGAGAUUCUAGAGGAAAUGGAAAGGAAUGAUGUGCACCCCAAUGCUGUGACGUACAGUACGUACAUUCGUGGGCUUUGCAUAGCUGGAGAAACUGAGCUGGCUUGGGACUUUCUACGGGAUUUGAGAGACAGAGAGCUGCCUCUAAACAGUCACUGUUAUAAUGCCGUUAUUCAUGGCUUUUGUUGUAAAGGCAGCUUGUAUGAGGCGGUGAUGGUUUUGGAGGAAAUGAGGAGUUGUGGGCUGUUGCCAGAUGUUCAUAGCUAUAGCAUUUUGAUUCAUGGGUUUUUCAAGAAUGGCAAUGUUCGAAAGGGUCUGAGCCUGUUUGACGAAAUGGUGACCAGCGGAAUAAGGCCUAACCUCGUUACCUAUAGCUCGCUCUUGGACGGUCUGUGUAAGAGAGGACAAAUGGAAAGUGCAUUGUAUUUGUUCCAAAGACUUUCGGGUUUUGGUUUUAAGUAUGACCAGACUUUUUACAACAUCUUGAUUGACGGAUACUGCAAGCAUGGGGAUUUGGCUGGGGCUCACAGGCUCAUUCAGGAGAUGAUUGGACAUGAUUUGGUUCCUGAUGUUUUCAAUCACACCAGCCUAAUAUGUAGUUACUGCAAAAAUAGGUGCUUGAAGAUGGCCUUGGAACUGUUUAAAGAUAUGCUUGCUAAUGGCGUGUUGCCAAAUGUUGUUACUUGCACUGUUAUUGUUGAUGGGUAUUGCAUGGAAGGGCUGGUCUUGGAAGCUUUCAAGCUUAUGGAUGAAAUGCUAGAGCAGGGCAUUAUUCCUAACUUGUUUACUUAUAAUGUAAUCAUCAACAGGCUGUGCAAGGAGAGGAAAUCAGAGUGGGCCAUGGAGAUUUUUGAAUCGAUGGUAAAGAGAGGGCUUGUUCCUGACGUUGUUAUUUAUAGCACCCUAAUCAAUGGUUUCGUGAACGAAUUGAAUUUGGAGGAGGCUUUCAAGUUGUACGCUAGGAUGUCGAAAGAUGGGAUCACGCCAAACAUCAUUACGUAUACGAACCUUAUCAAUGGACUAUGCAAUUACGGCAGAAUGCGGGAAGCUUUGAAUUUGUUUGAGGAAAUGAUUAGGAAGGGGUUGGUGCCUGACAAAAUUGCUUACACGACGAUUAUUGCUGGGUUUUGUAGAACUGGAGAUAUAAAGAAGGCUUUGAAUCUGUUCAAUCAGAUGGUGCAAAGCGGUCUCUUGCCUGACGUAGUUACUUAUACCUGUCUUGUUGAUGGGUACUGCAAGUCUCGUCGGAUGGACAAUGCGGUUGUUUUGUUUGAUGACAUGGAGAAAAAGGAAGCUGCUCCGAAUUUGGUAACUUAUACGGCCCUAAUCGCAGGAUUCCGAAACACUGGUGAUUGGAGCAAAGCUUUUAAGGUGUAUGAGAAAAUGUUGGAAAAGGGCAUUGAACCAGAUGCUGUUACCUAUACAGCAUUGGGGUUGCAUUUGCAGCAGGAUGAGAAAGGUUGAAUGGGAAAAUGAGUCACAUGGCGUAAACCAUGCAUGGCCUAUCGUGUUUUCUCAAACCGAUCUACCUUGCGUUAAGGAGUCUUAUUGUAAUGAGCUGCGAUCAAAGGCAUCCCUUGUGGAGAUUCUAUUCGCAAUGUUGCAAUUGUACAUGAUGGGUUACCAUGCAGACCCCAUGCGGUUUACUCUAUGGGUUUUGCUCUUUAUAUGAGACUUUUUGACAAUGAGUUCGAACCUCGUGCUCAGGUGCUAGCAAUGUGAAGGAGGCAAUGUCAAGAUCAAAGCCUCUUCACCAACAGAAGAAAAAUACACCUGUAGAUGAUGGGUGUCUUACCAUUGGGAUUCUCUGCAAAACCCAAAAGCUGAAAGUUGAAGUUGGUGCAGAUGAAUGGAACGGCAGUAACCACAGGUUCUAUGCAAUGGAUUUCAAAGACAGAAUACAAGGAAAAUGAGGUUAGAUUCAGGUGCUGCCUUUUACCUGUUUCAUCAGUGAGUUAUUAUAUAAUACUCCGGCUCUCGUUUGUACAUCAUAUUUGGGUUUUCAUUUUGUCCAUGUGGGGCCCAUUGUUCCAUGAUCCUAAUCCCAGCCAUAGACAAUUUGGCCUUUUAUUGGGUUGAUUGUGAACCAUUUUGUUUCAUUCUUAACCAUUUAUUUUGAUGGCCAUGGAGUGGGGGGUAGCAAUUCUUCCAUUGUGGGGGUUUUUUGGUGCAUGUGCCAUCCACAGCGAGAUCAACGGUUUUGGAUCACAGAACCGUGGGCCCCACUUGUAGAAACUGAAAGCGGCAAUGGUACCAUACAAACUCGACCGUUCGGGCUUUGUAUAAUACUCUCUUCAUCAAUAUUGUGCUCUCUCUUCAUGUUGGGGGCCUUUUACUUCCUAAUGGAUAUCCAUGUAUCAUCUUUUGUUAUUUAUUUUGAUAUAUUCAAGGGAAGAAAUCACCAUAAA